GUACGACAGCUCCUGGUCAUCACUUUCCUAUAGCUAUAGGUAAUCUGUUCGCUAACUCUCUUAAAUCCACUGACCGUGGUCGCUCACUUAUCCAGAACUCGACAGUCCAUAAUGGCUGUGUUUCCAUUUUCUUGCGUUGGCCGAUCUAUGAGGGGCAUAUUGCUUCCCACAGCAGCUGUCAUUGGCUUCUCAUGCCUCCUGACAUACUUCUUUGUAUUAUACCAGCCCAUCGUCGGACCCGGCAUUGUCCAGCGUCUAGGCUGGCAAGCUUGGGAUGCGGUCGCCACAGUUGACUACUUCGAUAAGGAACCUUCUAAGCCAACAGUCACUGGCGACCCAGCGGAUGGCCAACCAAUUCCAGUCAACGAUGAUGAGACAGAUUGGUGGGAAACCACAAAAAAUCAGUCCUGGGGUACUACCGAUGAUAUAGAGAGUUAUCCCCUUGACGUAUGGGCUCCCUUGUUAUCUCACGAUACCGGUCUGUCUGAAAUUGCUAUCACGCGUUGUAUGAUGUCACCGAGCCUUGUCGGAAACCUCUGUGCACCCACGAUAACCGUCGAGCAGGAUGCCAUCAAGGGUAACUGGGUUCGAGUGGACCGGGAUCUCAACAAGCAAGCUGGUCUCUGGAAUUUGAACAUCUACUACAGACGGACGCGCCGUCUUGACAUACCUCUCAUUACCGACUUGCGCCUCCUUCCUGCCAAUGAAAUUCCUGAACCUCUAUCAGAUUCCUGGGUAAAAGUAGAUCUCUCCAUACGCUAUGGUGUUAUGCGUGCGGAACCAAUGUACCUCUGGUACCUCCUGGGCAAAAUGAUGAAUGAAAUGAAUGCGGAAGAGAAAUCCAGUCUCAUUACCGAAGUCGACAUACUCUUUGGAGAGGAUAGGCCUUGGUACGGAUUUGAGAAAAUAGAGCCUGCCGUAACUCCGGAAAAGGAAGGGCAACUAGAGAGCGUGUAUGUGACAUACCGCCGCGGCGCGCAAUGGGCAUCUGUCAGGGAAACCGAUAUUGAUCCCUGCGUCAACUCCGAUAAUCUCACCAAUACGCUCCUCGGACACGUUAUGGACGAAGAAAAGCCAGAUCUUGUCGUCUUCUCCGGCGACCAACUCAACGGGCAGGGCACGUCUUGGGAUCCUAAAUCCGUUUUAGCAAAGUUUGCAGUCGCAGCUAUCUUCGGCAAUCAUGACGAAGAGAACGGCGAUGUGAAGCAGGAGCAAGUACGUAUGAUGAAUGCCCUUCCGUAUUCUUUGGUGCAGAGGGGUCCAAAAGACAUUCAUGGUGUUGGAAAUUACGUUCUAGACGUGAAGAGUGCUGAUGCCUCCAAGACAUCGCUGCUGACGCUGUACUUCCUGGACUCUGGAUCCUACUCGAGCGGUUACUUGGACUGGCUCGGGUAUUUCUUCCCAACGGAGUACGACUGGAUACAUGAGGACCAAAUCAACUGGUUUUUGCAAGAAUCUUCCAAGAUCCAGGCUAUACAGCGUCCGUUCACACCAGACACUGGCAAGGACUUUGGUUCCAUAUGGAACAGACAGGCCGAUCAGAUCACGCCCACGACACACAAAUUAGCCAAGCCUAAUGCUAUGAUGUUCUUCCACAUUCCUCUGCAAGAGUCGUACGGUACAGCGGACAGGGACCCACGUACUGGCCAAGUGUUAGACAUCGGUCUGCACGAUCUGGAAGGAUUCGGUGCUGCGAAGAAGAGUGAUGGAAUGUUUGACAAGGGUUUGAAGAAAGCACUGGAGAGUGGGCACGUUGCAAGUGGAGACAUACCCGAAGUGAAGGUGGUCACAAAUGGACACUGCCUAACGAUUCUCACUGUACUGCAAAGAUGA